AUGCUAGACCGUGCGGCAGCCGACAACACACAAACAUGUCGACGCGGUGGUAUCCACUUUACCGCAGAGGGAACCCACAGUUGAGAGUUUUCCUGCCAAACUUUUACAUGAAACUUAUCAAGCCGAGAGAUCCUCAGCCUAAAAAUGUGGUACAGUUUGAGGUCUCGAUGCAGAUGUCCAAGUUUGACAUCAAGAACUAUUUGGAGAAGAUCUACAAUGUCCCAGUGGAGAAUGUUGUGACUCAUGUCAGAAUGGGUCAAGUUAAGAGAAGUAAAUUAGGAGGAUACCUGAUCAAAGAUGAUGACUUCAAAGUAGCUUAUGUCAGUUUGCCUGCAACAGAAACCUUUGAGUUCCCCAACUUGUUCCCAGAGGACAAGAAGGACGAGGAGGACAAGCAGAUGGAACAGAUUGAUACUUUGAGAAAGGAAUGGGAGAGCAACAAUAACAGACACAAGCAUCGGCAGGGAGCACCAUCUUGGUUGGGGUUAUGAGAUGGAUUGGACUUAUUGAAGUUCUGCCCAGAUCUAUUGAUACUUUGUGUGUCUUUGGGUACCUUUAGAUUGUUUAUUUAAUUACCAUAGAAAAAGUGGAAUUCAGUAUAUAUUAGAAAGUUUUCUAUGACUGCAUUCUGAAAGAUACAGAGUAUGUCAAGUCUCAAGAUAAUAUAGCUAGACUCUUUUUUUCUAAUUUAAUGCUGGAUGUAAUAGUGAAUAUUGUUAUAUAGACAUAUUUCAACAAAAGCAUUGUCUUUAAUAUGGUAGAGCAGAUUGAUUUAAAGGGAAAGAGUACAUAAGAAAGAGUAAUAUUUGAUUGAUGAGUUUCACAUUAUGUGUAGGAAAAAAACAUUGAAUUGUUAGCUAUUGGAUAUGCAAUCUGUUAAUAGAAUAGCCAGGAAUACUGUGCACAGUGGAUCAUUUUGAUAGAAACUCGCAUUAAACAAUUUUGUCAUUUCAACAUUAUUUCAACAAAAGCAUCACCAUGUAUAUAAUUUGUUAAUAAUGAUUUUUUGUAAAUAAAGAUGAAAAA